UCUUCUCAGUUUUUACUACGUACCCUCUUUCAUUACGAGCUCAGAAGACUCUGAGAAGCUUUUCUUCCAAAAUGGCGUUUAUGAGACUUGGCUCCAAAUCCGAAGCUUUCCAUCGCGAAGGCCAAACCUGGCUUUGCACCACAGGAUUGGUGAGUGAUGUUACCAUAGAAGUUGGAGACAUGAAGUUUCAUCUCCACAAGUUUCCAUUGCUCUCUAGAAGUGGGCUUCUUGAGAAGCUAAUCGAAGAGUCUUCAAGUGAUGAUGGAUCAAGCUGUGUUUUGAGUCUAGAUGACAUACCCGGAGGCGGCAAAACGUUCGAACUCAUAACAAAAUUUUGCUACGGUGUGAAAAUCGAGCUUACUGCAUUCAACGUUGUUAGCCUAAGAUGUGCAGCCGAGUACCUUGAGAUGACUGAUAACUACGGAGAAGGGAAUCUUGUCGGUAUGACAGAGACUUUCCUCAACGAAGUGUUUGGUAACUGGACAGACUCCAUCAAAGCUCUUCAGACAUGCGAGGACGUAACUGAUCACGCUGAAGAUCUUCACAUCAUCUCGAGGUGUGUUGAUUCUUUAGCUAUCAAAGCUUGUGCUGACCCAAGCCUUUUCAACUGGCCCAAGAACGCAACGAGCGGGCAGAACACUGAAGAUGAAUCUCACUUGUGGAACGGAAUCUCACCGUCGGGAAAGAUGCUGCAACCAACAGGUGAAGAUUGGUGGUUUGAUGAUGCUUCUUUUCUCAACUUGUCUCUCUUCAAAAGACUCAUUACAGCUAUCGAAUCACGAGGCAUGAAGCUUGAGAACAUUUCCAUGGCUGUUAUGUACUAUACAAAGAAACAUGUUCCUCUAAUGAAUAGACAAGUGACCAUGGAUGAGCAAGUGAUCGAGACACCGAACACUUCUGAAGCCGAACAAAAAGAUGCUCUCGAAGAGAUUAUCGGUUUGCUUCCGACCAAGAAAGGUGUAAACCCGACCAAGUUUCUCCUCAGGCUGCUUCAGACCGCGAUGGUGUUGCACACAAGCCAAUCCUCGAGGGAGAAUCUUGAGAGACUUAUAGGAAACCAGCUUGAGCAAGCUGCUUUAGUGGAUCUUCUGAUACCAAACAUGGGAUACUCUGAAACGCUUUAUGAUGUUGAGUGCGUUCUGAGGAUGAUAGAACAGUUUGUCUCAUCGACCGAACAAGCAGGCAUCGUCCCUUCUCCUUGCAUCAUCGAAGAAGGACAUUUGGUGAAGGAUGGAGCCGAAAUGCUAACUCCUCCAACGCUAGUGGCAACUCUUGUCGACGGUUAUCUAGCUGAGGUGGCACCUGAUGUUAACUUGAAGCUGGCGAAGUUUGAAGCCAUAGCUGCUGCUGUCCCUGAUUAUGCAAGACCACUAGACGAUGGAGUCUAUCAUGCAGUUGACGUGUUCUUGAAGGCACAUCCUUGGAUUACAGAUUCGGAAAGAGAGCAUAUAUGUAGACUCAUGAACUGCCAGAAGCUCUCACUGGAAGCUAGCGCACAUGCAGCUCAGAACGAGAGGCUGCCUCUUAGGGUGAUUGUUCAGGUUCUCUUUUUCGAGCAGCUUAGGCUCAGGACAUCUAUAUCAAGCUGGUUCUUUGUCUCUGAGAAUCUAGACAACCCGGAGCACCAGAAUGGUGGCAAUGGUUGUGUACUUAAACCUAGAGGUGAGAACGUGAGGGAACGAGUUUCUGAGCUGGAGAAAGAGUGCAUGAGCAUGAAACAAGAACUUCAGAAGCUGGUGAGGUCUAAAAGAAGCUGGAAGAAUUUCACCAGGAAGCUUAAUUUCAAGAAGAAAUCAGAAUGUUGCAAGCCUAAGGAUCAAGAAAAGCAAGCCAAUUAACAAGAACCUGUCCGCUGGAUCAAACUACUAGUAUUAUCUUCUCUUUAAAAAGAAAAAAUUAAUUAGGUAGAAAGAUCAGAACCUCGAUGAUCGAAUCAGAUUAGCUAUUUUUUUCUUGUUCUAGACGGCACUAUGUUUUCAAAAGUUUUCAUCUUCUCCUAUCUAUCUUGCUGAGAGA